ACUAAAUUCCCCAUAGCUGUCAAUCGAAAAUCGAUUGAUUGUGUUGUUGUCAGGGCUUUUUAUUGUUUGGGAGAAAAAUCGGAAGUGAGAAGAAAAACAAGCUAAAAUGAAUUCGAAUACUGAGAUGGAAAAAGACGAUCCUAUGUUAGAUUUGUAUACUCAUCCUAAUAAUGAUAGCCGGAUCUGGGUUGGUAAUCUUGACUCAAGAGUGACAGAGUUUGAAUUGGUAAAACUGUUCCAAAAUGCUGGUACUAUUGACAAGCUUGAGUACCUCUUUCAUAAAAUUGGACCUCAAGCAGGACAACCAAGAGGAUAUGCCUUUCUUACUUUUAACAAGCGUGAAGAAGCUAUAAGAGCUAGAAAAGAAUUUGAUGGGAAAUCUCUUCUUGGAAGGACUCUGUUAGUGAAGCCAGCCAGAAGUGUACAUAAAGAUGACCUUGCUGGGCCUAAAACAACUCAACUUAGCAUACCUGCUCUGAGUGGAGCAAAGGACAACAAACAUAAGUUAAAUCUUGAGCAGCAGAUAAAAGCAAUUGAAAACAAACUGAAAACAAUGGAAAAUUCACCAGCAACACUUCCUGAUUUGCCACCAAAUUUCAUAUCUCCUCUUAGUCGAAUUGCUGCCAGACCAGCAGUCCAACCUUAUCCAAGCAGGUCUAAUCGGUCUAGGGGUUCUAGGCCGUACCGAAGCCGUGGAGGCCAUAGGGACCGACGACGUUAAAAUUGCAGACAUGAAUAAGGCAAUUUCAAAUGUUCACCAGCAUAAGACAAAGUGUUCAGCACUGAUUUUUUAUAUUUAUUAUUAUCAUCGAACAAGAUCACGUUCAUCUCGAGAUGGUAAAUGCACUUCUUUUUAAAAUAAACUACUCUUAAGCAAAA